AUGGCAGAUUCAUUUCCCGAUUACUAUGCAAUUCUCGAAAUUCCAACGACAGCAACUGAAGUGGAAAUAAGAGAAGCUUAUAAACGUAAAGCGCUCCAAACGCAUCCAGACCGAUUUGUCGAGAAUUCUGAUAAUUACCCUUAUACACCUGACAAUGCUAAAGUAGAAUUUCAACGGGUUGCUGAUGCUUAUUAUGUUCUCGGCGAUCCAAAACGUAAAGAUCAAUAUGAUAUAGCAAGAAAAAGAAGAAGAACACGACCUUCUUCUAGUGUGUGGCUCGAAAGGCAGACGGAUCCUGAAAAUCUAUUCGGGAACGUUUUUGAAGAGAUGCUUCGACCUGAAGUGGAAAAUCCCGCAUGGUUUUAUACACCACUUGGUGCCGCAUCGGGUGCAUUAUUAGGAUUUAUCUGUGGAAAUGUGCCGGGAUUGAUGUUGGGGUGCUACGCCGGAAGUAAAUUGGGCGCUGUAAGAGAUGCAAAAGGUGUUUCUGUCUAUCAAGCAUAUCAAAAACUGAGUGGAUCUCAUAAAGCAGCCAUUUUAGCUGCUCUUGCCGCAAAAUUAAUAAAAUAA